AUGGAGGGGCCUUCUCCUUCUUCUUGUGCUUCUCUCUUCCAAGAUUAUGACGAUAUGCAGCAGGAUGAGCAGCAGCAGCAGCAGCAGCAGCAGCACUAUCAGCAGCAGCAGCAGCAGCAGCAGCAACAGCUGCAGCAGCAGCAGCAGCAACAGCAGUAUCAGCAGUAUCAGCAGGUUCCCUUCGGGGUCCCUGAAUAUGCAGCAGCACCAACAGCAGCAGCAGCAGCAGCAGCAGCUAAGGAUCCCCUAUUAGCCCAAGGGUUCUCUGGUGUAUAUGCAGCAGAGGAGGCAUUAUCAUCAUCAUUUGCUGCUGCUGCUCCUCUUGUUGCUGCCACCUCACAACAGCAGCAGCACCAACAGCAGCAUCAACAGCAGCAACAGCAGCAGCAGCAGCAGCAACAGCAGCAGCAGCAGCAGCAGCAGGAGAAGGAAGAAGACGAUGAUGACGAGGAAGAGGACGAAGAGUAUGAUGAUGAUGUACCAGUGUUACCAGGUAGCAGCAAAGAGGAUCGUGCUGCAGCAGCAUCAACAGCAGCAGCAGCAGCAGCAGCAGCAGCAGCAUGGCCAUCCCCUGGCCCCUUAACCUUUAAGAUUAAUAUUAUCUAA